CAGCGAGUGUGUACCGACAUUACUGAUUCCGCGUGAUCGACUGUGAUGUCACUCCUCGCACGCAGAUACGUUUAUUUCAUUACAAUAAAACAUGAGCUUGAGCAACAAUGGCGACGUUUUUGUGAAAUUUUGUAACCAAUCGCAGUGCGUAAGUAUAUAACUACGGCGCGGAUCUGUCCGAGGCAUCAGUACCAGCAGCCGCUUCAUAUACCGUGCCUAUCAUCGCCAUGAAGUGUCUUUUGUACAUCGUAGUGUUGGCGGCGUGUGCGCUGGCGGCGCCGGAGCCGGGGCGGCGCGACAAGCGCUCGGGCUGGUCCGCCGGGCUGGCGCUCAGCGCGCCGCUCGUGUACUCCGCGCCCGCCGCUAUCGUGCACGAGCCUGCUGUCCUCUCCGUCAGGAAGAUCGUCAGCGUACCGCGGGUGGUAUCAGUGAGCAGAGUGGUGUCGUCGCACUACGUGGCACCCCGCGUGGCUCACUACGUAGCACCUCGAGUGGCUCACUACGUGGCUCCUCGCGUGUCCGUCUCGUACGCGCCAGCAUACGCAGACUGGUGGUGACCAUGCAGCGUCGGAGCACCACAAUAUGUGUUCAAAUGUAUAUAAAUAGUUAUUGUAGUUUGUUAUUAUUAAAGUUUAUAUUUCAAUA